AUGGCUAAUUAGAAAGCAAAAGUCAUUAUAAAUCCAAAUAUUAAUAACAGCUAAGCGAAAGGCUAAAGACAUUACUUCGAAUCAUUGGAUAAUUUUGGUAAGUUGAUAAAAGAAUAAGAUGUUAGUGAUCUAGAUUCGGAAUAUGAUAUUAAAGACUCGGUCCAUUAACAGUUUAACUAAGAUAUUUUAUAUACUGAAUUAGACCGUGAUGAUUAAGAUUUUAUGUCUCUUUGGAAUUAAUUCAUGUUAAAGUAUAACGAAAAGUCAAAUGUUAAGAGAUCUACUAGCAUUAAUAGCCUAAACAUUCAUAGCUUAAAUGGAGAAUUUUUAAAGCCUUCAAAAUUUAUAUUUAUUCUUGAUGAGUUUAUCAAUGAAAAUUUUGACGUACUUAAAAAUACUUUGAGAAAUUAAUUUCUGAACCAUAUUUGCACAUUAAUCCAGUAUUGCAUAGUUACCCCAAAUUAAUUUUUGUAAAUAGCUUUAAGAUUGAAGUGA